GCACUUCAUGAUGCUAAUAUUUCAGAAUUCGAAAUAUUUCUUAAAAUGCUUUUACCGCUCAAGAUGUAUCGUCUUGAAAAUAAAGAUAAUUUAAAAGAAUUGGUUAAUGUAUUAAUCAAUUCAAUCGCUACAGGAGAUGAGGAGUUUGAUCCUACAGAUAAUAACAAAGUUCAAAAGCUUUUAUUAUGUGGAAAAACUCUUAUUCAAUAUUUUGAGAAAGGUGUAAAGAGUACAUCAUUCCUUGCUUUCCUUGUGGACAAAAUCUUACCCAAAAAGACAUAUUCCAGGUUACAAGAACGACACCAGAAAAUGGUUUUAAGAUUUUUGGCAGAAUGUAUUAGCGGAAAGCACACUGAAACGACGAUCAAAAAUGCUGCACCAUUAGUAAAGGAGUUAUUUAUUAUUGAAAUACCACCUCCUGGAGAUGAUACUGAAGCAGAGCCAAAAUUGGAUCUGCCGAGGGUCGAAUAUAUUGUUUUUACUUUAUAUUGCAUUGCUUCUAAGAUUCCAGAAAUGGUAGAAGGACAGGAAAUGAUUUCACGGUUCCGGAACCUUUAUGCUGUUGCUAUAAAAUGCAUCUCACGUAUUAAACAAGGAUUGAAAGAUUUACAAAAGCGUGAGUUAAAGGAUCAAGAGACAAUGGAGAAAAUUAAGAAGGCAGAGAGUGGUCAAAUAGUAACGAAUAACAUAUUAACAAUGAUAAAGGAGUUAAUGAAGCCCGUAAAAGCUAGACAUUUCACCAAGAUAGCACAUUCUUGGAGUACAUCGCCACCAAAUACAGCGGUAGCACCCACACUGACGCCAGUAAAACGAACAGUUGAUGGUGGUUCUUCAACAGAGGCUUCAAUGAAUAAAAAACAGUUGUUAGAAAAUUCACGACCUCAAAUGGUCCAGAAGACCAAUUCAUCUCAAUAUACAAAAUCUUUACGCAACAACAGAAGUAACGGUGGUGGUGAUGGAAGAUCUAAGAUUGACAGAAACAGUGUUCAGAAUAAUCAAGCAAAUUUAUACGUUCCACCGUCUAGAAGAGGUAUGUGA